AGAAAAAAAAAGAAACGUCAUAGCUCCCGCGGGAAUGGAAUGCCAUUGAGCCUGUCACUAAGACCCCCCACCAUCAAGUCUAGCUCUGGACACGAUUUCUCGACACGGCGAUGUGCAGGUAGACUCGGGGUGGAAUCCAUUGAUUUACCAGGUACCCUAUGUCUGCGCUGGCCAGAGGAGCGGCGCGGAGCCGCCUCGGUCGCAAUGCCUUCGCUCCGCCCCUGCUCGCCACCGUUGUUCCAAGGGCGGCUUUCUCGUCCCGCCACGCCCUGAACAGGUUGGCGCGAAGACCGAUACAGAGCCCUGCGCCCUGGAGGGGAAGGAGGCCGUUCUCGGUUACCGCAUCGCAGCAUACAGCCAGCCAAGCCGAGCCGUUCGAUGUUCAAGCGAUCGAGAGGGAAAGCGACCAGGUGGACGUGUGCAUCGUCGGCGGAGGUCCGGCCGGUCUCAGCGCAGCCAUCCGGCUUAAGCAACUGGCGAACGAAGCGGGCAAUGAGGACUUCAGGGUCCUGCUGCUCGAGAAGGCGGGCGAGCUGGGUGCGCACACCGUCUCGGGCGCCGUGAUCCAACCGACUGCCAUCGGCGAGCUCAUCCCCAACUGGCUCGACCCCGAGAACCCCGACCGAUUCGAGCACGCGACCCCCGCUGGCGGCGACCGCAUGCGCUUCCUGACAAAGUCCAUGGCCAUCCCGCUCCCCGCGCCGCCCCAGAUGCACAACCACGGGAACUACAUUCUGAGCCUGGGCCAGUUCAACGCCUGGCUGGGUGCCCGGGCUGAGGAGGUCGGUGUCGAGGUCUACCCAGGCUUCGCCGCGUCCGAGGUUGUGUACAAACCCGACGGCUCUGUGCUCGGCGUCGCCACAAACGACUUAGGCAUUGGCCGCGACGGCCGACCCAAGGACUCCUUCGAGCGCGGCAUGGAGUUCCACGCCCGCUGCACUCUGUUCGCCGAGGGCUGCCACGGCAGCCUGAGCAAGCAGGUGAUCAAAAAGUUCGAUCUGCGCCGCGAGAGCCAGCCGCAGACAUACGGUCUCGGGCUCAAGGAGGUCUGGGAGGUCGACCCUGCCAAGUUCCGAAAGGGCGAGAUCACGCACUCGCUCGGCUACCCACUUUCCAAGGACGUCUACGGUGGCGGCUGGAUGUAUCACUUUGGCGAGAACCUCGUCUCAGUCGGCCUUGUCGUAGCGCUCGAUUACGCGAACCCGUGGCUGUCACCCUACGGCGAGUUCCAGAAGAUGAAGAAGCACCCGCUCUACCGCGAGGUGCUCGAGGGUGGCAAGUGCAUCUCGUACGCCGCCAAGUCCCUGAUCGAGGGCGGGUUCCAAUCGAUCCCCAAGGUCGCCUUCCCCGGAGGCGCUCUGAUCGGCGAUUCGGCUGGCUUCGUCAACGUGCCCAAGGUGAAGGGCACGCACAACGCCAUGAAGUCGGGCAUGCUGGCCGCCGAGGCGGCAUGGAAGGCACUCGGCGGCGUCGACAGCGACGGCUCGGUCUUCCUGUACGACUACGAGGACUCGCUGCGCCAGUCGAGCGUCUGGAAGGAGCUCAAGGAGGUGCGCAACAUCCGCCCGUCGUUCCACUCGCCCCUGGGCAUGUACGGCGGUAUCCUGUACUCUGGACUCGAGACGUACCUCCUCAAGGGCCGCGUGCCCUGGACCCUGAAACACAAGACGCCCGACCACCUGGCCACCAAGCCCGCGGACCAGUGCGAGAAGAUCGAGUACGAGAAGCCCGACGGCAAGCUCACGUUCGACAUCCUCACCAGCGUGUCCCGCACCGGUACCAACCACGAAGAGGAUCAGCCUGUGCACCUGCAGGUCAAGGACUGGGACCAGCACGCCGUCGACACUUGGCCCAAGUUCAAGGGGCUGGAGAAUCGAUUCUGCCCGGCCGGCGUCUACGAGUACGUCGAGGAUCCUUCCAAGGAGCUCGGAGUUCGGUUCCAGAUCAACGCGCAAAACUGCAUCCACUGUAAAACAUGCGAUAUCAAGGCGCCCCUGCAGGACAUCAACUGGCAGACGCCACAGGGAUCGGAAGGCCCCAAGUAUUACAUGACGUGAAGGCGAGGGGGGAUCAUGUUUCUGUCUCGGACGAGGCAUGUACUUGUAAGAAAAUGGUGCGAGUUCUGUUUGGGGGGGUCAUGUUUGCUUCGUUUUUUUUUCAAUAGAUGUGAUGACCGGUUGUCUUGGCGUUACGCCCGAUGGCCGGGAGAGCAAAACCCGGCACUUAACACGACUAGCUCGCGCGUCGUCGCUCAUGGUGACCGGACAGGCGGCGCGAAUGUGUCGCGACAGGCACGCGAUGAUGACGCGAAUGUGCAGCACCACCCUGGCCCAGCCCGGCGGGCGUACAGUGCGCAAGCCUCAUCUCUCGUGCCGAGGUCGCACGUCGUUGCCUCGGGCGCACGCCGGCGGCAGGGGGUAAGGGGUGCGUGCUGGACCGGCUGGGAUCGCGCUUGAGUUCUCUGGUGGUUGGUGUGGGUGGCAUCGCUUCAUCAAGAGACAAUCAAUCGACUGCCGCAGCCAUGCAUUAGCCCGCCAAUUUUGGCAGUGUCAAGAUAACGGGGGAGUAAGCACGGGGCAGGCUGUCGCUCUCGCUCGGUAUUUUUGUUCAUUACUAUUUGCGCUCUAGCAUCAGCUCUAUUUGGGAUCGAUAAA